AUGGGGCAAACCCUAUCAGAGCCGGUGACAGAAAAGCAGUCAUCAACAUGUCAGGAUUCAAGAUACCUGGUAGGAUCAUCAUGCAUGCAGGGAUGGCGUGUAUCUAUGGAUGACUCUCAUACUCACAUAUUGUCGUUACCUGACGACCCUGGUACUGCUUUCUUCGGUGUUUAUGAUGGACAUGGAGGGGCAAACAUAGCAGAGUAUGCAGGAAAACAUCUACACAAGUUCAUCACAAACCGACCUGAGUAUCACCUGGGUAACAUUCAAGAGGCGCUAAAACAGGGUUUCCUCGACCUCGAUCAGGCGAUGCUGGAGGAAGAUAUGCUGCAGGAAAAGGUGGCUGGUAGCACAGCUGUUGUAGUGCUUAUCAAAGACAAUGUCUUAUACUGUGCUAAUGUUGGUGAUUCUCGUGCCGUUGCCAGUGUUAGAGGAGCAGUAGAAGCGUUAUCAUAUGAUCACAAACCUAACAAUGAGGAGGAGCUUCGAAGGAUCACAGCAGGUGGAGGUUGGGUCCAGCUAAACCGGGUUAAUGGAAACCUUGCCUUAUCCAGGGCGUUAGGCGACUACGUGUUUAAGCGGAACUAUAGGCUUCCCCCACAAGAGCAGAUUGUCACUGCCUAUCCCGAUGUCCAAGUGAAGCAGAUAAAUGAUGAUUGGGAGUUUAUCGUGAUCGCGUGCGACGGUAUUUGGGAAGUUUUAUCCAACGAAGAGGUGAUUUCCUUCUGCCGUGCUCGACUGUUAAGUGGUUGGCAGCCGGCCGCAGUGUGCGAAGCCCUCAUGCAGCGGUGCCUCGCACCGAACUGUGCCACGGGUGGCCUCGGCUGUGACAACAUGACGGUCCUGCUUAUCUGUCUUCUGCCUUUCCCCAGGGUCGACGCUAUGGAGACAGUACCUGCAGAACAGCUGCUUAAUAAUAAAUUUAUGACAAAGAUGGAAGACUUGCUGUACGUGGAAGAUGAAGAGGAGGAUCUUAAAUGA